GAUACAAAAAUAAAAAGGGCUAGAAGUAGGGUAUGUUGCUGUUUAUUGAAAAAUCACGAAAUUCCGGUAGUGUGUAUGUGUGCAAAAACAGUGAAUCUGGUCAAUCUGGCAAACUGCGCAAAUAGAACAGGGCUACCGGCGCGGCGGUGGUGUUAAACGGUAUUGAGAUAAAAUAAAUAGAAAUUUGUGAAGAACAGAACGUGUUCAAUCUGAUUCUUUGAUAAAUCUAUUUUACUGGACUUCAGAAAUGGCAGCCCCAAUUAAAGUUGUAGUCACAGGAGCGGCAGGUCAAAUUGCCUACUCCCUGUUAUACCAAAUUGCGUCUGGUGCCGUCUUUGGAAAUGAACAAACAGUCUAUCUGCACCUUCUUGAUAUAGCACCCAUGAUGGGUGUCCUUGAAGGAGUAGUCAUGGAACUGGCUGACUGUGCUUUGCCUCUACUUGCCGGUGUUCUCCCCACCUCUAACCCAGAAGAGGCUUUCAAAGAUGUGGCUGCAGCAUUCUUAGUAGGUGCUAUGCCACGAAAAGAGGGUAUGGAAAGGAAAGACCUUCUUGCUGCCAAUGUACGCAUUUUCAAGGAACAAGGUCAAGCCCUUGACAAAGUAGCCCGGAAAGAUGUCAAGGUCCUUGUUGUUGGCAACCCGGCAAACACAAAUGCUCUGAUUUGCUCUAAAUAUGCUCCUUCCAUUCCUAAAGAAAACUUCACAGCCAUGACACGCCUUGACCAAAAUCGUGCACAAGCUCAGUUGGCUGCUAAAUUGAAUGUACCGGUUCAAAAUAUCAAGAAUGUUAUUAUCUGGGGUAAUCAUUCAUCCACCCAGUUUCCUGAUGCAUCAAAUGCUGUAGUCAAUAUUGGAGGUGCUGAAAAAUCUGUGCCAGCUGCAAUCAAAGAUGACGAAUAUUUGAAGACCGCAUUUGUAAGCACUGUUCAAAAGCGUGGUGCUGCUGUUAUUGCAGCUAGGAAGUUAUCGUCGGCAUUAUCGGCGGCCAAAGCUGCUGCUGAUCACAUGAGAGACUGGUUCUUGGGUACUGGAGACCGAUGGGUCAGCAUGGGUGUUGUUUCAGACGGAUCAUAUGGAACACCCCGUGAUGUAGUAUUCUCGUUUCCUGUGACUGUCAGCAAUGGAAAGUGGAAGAUUGUAGAAGGUUUGACCAUUUCUGACUUUGCUCGUCAGAUGCUCGACACUACGGGCAAGGAGCUGGCUGAAGAGAAACAGGACGCCCUUGAUGUGUGCAAGGAUUGACUGAGUAAUCCUUAUGAUCAAAUUGUAAAUUAAAAAUAGGUCUUAAUUAGUUGUUUAGGCAUACUAUGUGACUUUUUAGAAAUAUUCUUUUGGUAAUAGUAUGGUUAUUGUUACAAAAUUUUUAAUUAUUUAUUUACAGAGAUUAUGUCUAUUGACUUCGUUUGUUGGAGUUAAGAUUCGAUUAAAUAGUUAUCUCAUGCUUUGUAAAAUAGAGUGCAUGUAACAUUUACUUUAAAAUAGUUACUGCCCUUUUUUGUUGAAAUUAAACUCUGCCUACAAUAG